ACGAGGAUACCGCAACAAAUGUCAAUGCCGUUAAGAAUUGGAGAUUUCUUCGCCCCCCGCUGUUCCAUCCGUCCGCCCCUUUCUCCUCCGGCGGCGUCAUCUUCGGUCUGCCAUGGCGACGGGGAACUGUGAUUCGGCUUCCGAUCCACAGCUCUGCGUUUCCAAGAAACGACCGGGAAUCCGUUCAACAGUAGUAAACUCCAUCAGCAAACUCGGGGAGGAUCUCCUCCUAGAAAUUCUGAUUCGCAGCUUUCUGAACCCUAGAUUCGCCUGCCGGAGCAAACUGGUCUGCAAGCGAUGGAACUCCCUGAUCUCCAGUCCGUCAUUCAAUCGCCGUUUUGUCUGUCGCCGGCAGAGCAUCACCGAACUGCAACCACCUCUGGUACUUUCCUCAGAAGACCAGCAAUCGAUCAUCCAUGGGUUUGUCCCUAUGCCUAGUGUAGAUCAUGAACUGCGUUUCGCAGUUCUGGAUUCCUUCCAGGACUUGCUUCUAUGUGGAUUUCAGAUGCCAGAAGACCUUGAUGACGAAUUCGGCAGGUCGUACUUCGUCUGCAAUCCGUUUACGAAGCAAUGGAUCGCCCUUCCUCUGGCGCCUUGCCGGCCAACGAGGUGUUCGGGAUUGGUCACAAGAAGAGCGUCAGCCAAUUCACUGAUGCAUCACAAGUCACAAGGCUCGUCUGCUACAAGGAAUUUAUGUAUCAAUUAAAGGGCAAAGGGUGAAGCUCUCCACUGGUGUGGUAGGUGUUCAUGCACACCAGCCUAUUUAAAGUAGUUGAAUUCCUAAGUUAUCAUGCAUAUAGGUGCAACAGAUGAAUUUGGUUCGUGGUUGUAUUGAUAGAUUGGUUGAAACAAUAAUCUGGGUGGAUUCUCGGAUUGAAAGUGCAGCUCCCACUCCCAGCCUCCAUGUGUCCCUUCCCUUCUGAAGCAGACGCUUUUCAGAUGAGAUCUCUAGUUAUUUAAUAGUAAUGAUCUGUUGUUUCCUGCUUUUACCUCUGUAGAAGUAUUUGUUGUUUACGCUCAAUCUUUAAUUUCAGUAUGAAUAGCAAUGCUUAGUAUGUGAAGGGGUUCUCAAGACAGCUCGUCCCAAGUCUAGUCCCGGAGUUCAACUUGAUGAUUUCUACCUAGAGUUAGAAAGGAGAAUGAGUGCUUCACUUAAGCAGGUUGUGUUACCCUAUCUGCAUCCAGAAAAGCCGGAAAUUGCCUUCUUCCAUUAUCUUGAUAUAAAGGGUGCUAUCUUGUCCUGUGAUUUGAGAAAGGGAGACCUAGAGUUCCACUCUGAACUUAGAGUACUGCUUUCACCUCGCUGGGCACUAUUCCAGCCUAGGGUUUCUUGUUGGCCUAUUCCAAUUCCAAGGUAUGAAGAAUUGCGAGUUAUGUAUGAUGGAAGCUACAACUGUUGGGUUCAGAGCAGCAAACCAACAAUUCGCGCGGUAACUGGACCAACGACUCCCGCAAUAGCUGAAGAACGCCAACUGAUUGACCGAUCUGGUCAUGGGAGGAAGGUCACCUGAUUAGCAUCAUAGGGCUCGCGUUCUAUGAUGGCAUUAAAAGGAAACUAUGUAUCAAUGAAAGGGAAAAGGGAGGAGCUCCACUGCUGUGAUUGGUGUUCAUGCACUCCAGGUUUUUUAAGUAGUUGAAUUCUAAGUUAUCGUGUAUAGAGGUGCAGCAAAUGGAUUGGGUACACGGGUUGAUUUGCAGCUCACACUCCCUACCUCGAUGUGUCCCGCCCCUUUCGAAGUGGAUGAUAUUUUUGGGGUGUUCAGUUUGUAUCGAAUACCAAUGUUUUUUUUUUUUGAUUUCCUGCUUAUAACUCUGUAGAAGUAUUUAUUGUUUAAGCAAACGAAUAUGUAUUUCUGUAUCAAUAGCAAUGGUUUACACCCCAUUUUUGUGUCUUGUACAUCUCAUAAGUCGAUGCAAGUAACUUACC